AAAACGUUUUCGUUUUUCUUUUGUGUUUUUGUGUUUAGACGUUCUCAUGCCGUUACCGUAAAGCUGACUGUCGUGAAAAAUCGCACGAAACGCGUGCACGUUGUUUUGCCUGUAAUAGAUGGAUUAAAUCCGGCCUUCUCAGUCUGGUGGCGCGUGUUGAACACUCCUCUGUAAAAUAUAAAUAAAGUUUAUUUAAAAUAUUGAAAAAAAAACAAAAAAACUUGGCUGUCACGUGACAUUAGCGUUCCUGGCGGUGUGGGGGCAGAAGCAGCAUGUCACUAUGGCUGAACAGGAUGGACUGGUUGAACAUCGUCUCUCCCAAGCAAGUUUAUUCAAGUCCCAGGGUAACACGUGCUACUCCGAACACCGCAUACGAGAGGCGGUGAGCCUGUAUCACCGCGCCCUCCUCCAGCUCCGUAGCCUAGACCCCAGUUUGCUCAAUCCUCUUCACGGACUGGGCCCUUCUUCGGUCGAGCUGACGCCGCAGCAAAUGGAGACCCUCAGAAAUCUUCAGGCAGACUGUUAUAGUAAUUUAGCAGCCUGUCUCCUGCAGAAUCAGCCUCCAAGAUACGACCGUGUGUAUGAGUGCAGCCUGCAGGCUCUAAAAAUACAGCCGCAUAAUGUGAAAGCGCUAUACCGGGCGGGUGUCUCCAGCUAUCACCUGCAAGACUAUACCACAGCCCAUAGUUAUCUAACAAAAGCUGCUGCCCAGCAACCCAAAGAUACAAACAUCAGACAGUACUUACAGCUGACAGACACCGCCAUCAGUGCUUCCCGGGAAAAGGAGAAGCAGAGAUAUCAGGGCAUGUUUGACUAGUGACUUGUAAACUUGUACUCGUGGAUCGUCUCUCUAAAGAGUAUGAAUUAAAUAUGAAUUUUUUUGUUUCCUACAACAGCUUCCAUUUCUUUGUGUUUCUCUGUCAUGUCAUUAAAUGAGCACUGUCAGAUUCAAAAACGUUUUAU